AUGCUUCGCCGGUUAAUGCUUUGGCUGCUACAGGGCUCCCCCGAUGCCGGUGAAGAGGAAUCGUUCAACAUCCGUCGCUCUAAGCGCCUGGCCGAGCUGUCCCAGCGCGGCGGCCAUGCCGGCGACGGCAAGCUCAAAACUCCCGUCCAGCAUAAGCACCAGCUCCCCUCGCCCGUGACACAUCUUACCAGCGACUCCCUCUGCGUUGAGUUCACAAAGGAAGAGACAGCCACUCCUCCUGCACCCCGUGCGAGCCAGAACUCGCAAAACUUCCUGUACAGCUCUCAGCCGAACGACACCCAGCCGUUCAGCCAGCAGGAGAUCGACCCCAAUGCUCCGCUCUCGGAUGAGGUUGAGGAUGAGGAAAAGGAGGGUGUCUGGGGCUACCUGUUCCCUCUGGACACGCGCUUUGGGCUUACGCCCUAUGUCUUGAGGAAAAAGGACGCUUGUCAGGCCGCCAACGCUGUUGAAAAGCAGAAGGAAAGCAGCCAGUCCUCUAGGGCUGGCAGGAGGAGUCAACGUGUGGCUGCAGUCAAAUCAGUCAAAGCCGGCUCUCCUGUUGGCUUUCUUAUUGGACGCCAUCCCGAGUGCGAUCUGAGGAUUGAUGAUGCUGCAGUUUCGAACCGGCACUGCUUGCUCUUCACUGAAAAUAGGGGUACUGAUGUCGUUGCCGUACUGGAGGAUCUUUCGACCAACGGCACCUACAUUAACGACGAGAUCGUCGGCCGGAAUCAGCGUCGAGAGCUUAGGGAGCACGAUGAGAUCUCCAUUGCUGACAACCGCGCCAAGUUCUUCUUCCGUUAUCCAAAGAACCGUCGCACCAACGCCUUCCUACAGCAGUACACGGCCGUCCAAGAGCUCGGAAAGGGAUACUUUGCUGAAGUAUACCUGUGCAUCGAGAAGUCGACGGGUCAGCGCUGGGCCGUCAAGCGUUUUACCAAGAACCCCGGCUAUGAAGAUCGUUCUAAGAACGAGGGUCUACAACAGGAGGUCGCCAUGCUCAUGAGUGUCAACCAUCCUAACAUUGUAUGCCUGAAAGAGCUUUUCAACGAGCCGACUGCCGUUUACCUUGUACUGGAAUACUGUCCCGGUGGCGAGCUCUUCACGCGGAUUGCCGACCACGGAAAGCUCACGGAGGGAGAAACGCGCAAGGUCUUCAAACAGCUGUUUGAUGGUGUCAAGUACCUACAUGACCGCAACAUCAUUCAUCGAGAUAUCAAGCCUGAAAAUAUUCUCUUGAUGGACGACCAAUUGAAUGUCAAGCUGGCUGAUUUUGGUCUGGCCAAGAUCGUCGGCGAGGACUCAUUCGCGACUACCUUGUGUGGAACCCCUAGCUACGUGGCUCCUGAAGUUAUUGUCGAAAGCCGACGCCGGCACUAUUCCAAGGCCGUCGACAUUUGGUCCUUGGGCGUCGUGCUCUACAUCUGCCUGUGUGGAUUCCCGCCGUUCUCUGCGGAACUCGAGAGGCCCGACUUCCCCUAUAACCUACAGGAACAGAUUAAGAGAGGGCUUUAUGAGUACCCAUCCCCAUAUUGGGACCCCAUUGGUGACCCAGCCCUUGACCUCAUUGAUAGGAUGCUCGUUGUUAAGCCUGAAAGGCGCUAUACCAUUGACCAAUGCCUCGCCGACCCCUGGCUGACGCAGCAACAGCCAGGUGUCAACGACAGCACCAACGGCUUAGUCUCCGGAUUAGCUGGUCUGGAAGUGAAUCGCCGUGGUGUGACUCGCGAGCGUACCUUGCUCAGCGAGCACGCCAAGGCACUGCGUGCUGCCAACCAUUAUAACAGGCCAAAUCCUCCUCACUCCAUUAAUAGUCCGUACAAAAGAGAGAUGCGCCCGGACGAUAAUCGCGACCCAGGAGAGUUUAUGGAGAUGGGCGGGAAAGGCGAUCAAGUCUUGUUUGAAGACAACGGCCGCGAUGCGGAGAGAGCGGCAGCCAAGCAUAAGACGCAUGCUGAGGCCGGACCGGCUUCGCCUUCCCACAGAAAAGGUGGCAAGGGGAAAGGCAAGGGACGUUGA